AUUGAUAUUGGUGAAGUACAUUAAAUGUAAGCGGUAAAACAGUGUACAAUAAUGUCUGAAAUAGAAACACCAAGUGUAACCAAAAACAAGAUAACUAGGAUCUCUGAUAAUUCCAAAACAGAUGUUCCAAUAGGAAAGACUGGUAUGCGUACUCGUAACACAUCAUAUAAAAUUGCACGCCACAGUCAAAAUCGCAAAAGGGGGCCAAUAUUAAAAAUAACAAGAAGUGCAUCCAUUAUAACUAUGCGCAAGAAAAAUUCCAAACCCAAUGUGCAGGCAAACCAAAAACGGGGUGCAACAAGUGCAUCUAAUAAAACCAAGAAUGAAAAUCUUAAAGAAAAUCUUGACUCACAUGAAGAAAAUGUGUCGGAAGUGCCCAAAAAGCAAAACAUAGAAAUUCUUCAAAAAACUGAUAUCUUAAAUUCGGAUAUGCUGCUAAGAAAAUGCAAAAGAUGUGUAUUAAAACUUCCAAAAUUGAAUUUCCAGUCAGAACAACAAUGGGGUCCAGCAAAUGCAUCUACUGAAACCACGAAACAAAGUCUCAAAGAAAAUCUUGAUUCACACGAAGAAAAUGAAUCGGAAGUGUUUACAAAAGAAAACAUGGCGACCCUUCAAGAAAUUAAUCAGAUAAAUUUGGAAAUCCCGGCAAUAAAAAGCACAAGACGUGUAGUGAAAUCUCUAAAACCAUAUGUCUGGACAAAACAACAACGGGGUACAGCAAGUGCAUCUAAUGAAACCACGAAAAAAAGUCUUAUAGAAAAUCUUGAUUCACAUGAAGAAAAUGAAUCGGAAGUGCCUACAAAGGAAAACAUAGAAAUUCUUCAAGAAACUGAUGACAUAGAUUCAGAUACACCGUUAAUAAAAAGCACAAGGCGUGUAGUAAAACGUCCAAAACCGAAAGUCCAGGUAAAACAACAACGGGUCACAGCAAGCGUAUCUAAUGAAACCACGAAACAAAGUCUCAAAGAAAAUCCUAAUUCACACGAAGAAAAUAAAUUGGGAGUGCUUACAAAGGAAAACAUAGAAAUUCUUCAAGAAACUGAUGACAUAGAUUCAGAUACACCGUUAAUAAAAAGCACAAGGCGUGUAGUAAAACGUCCAAAACCGAAAGUCCAGGUAAAACAACAACGGGUCACAGCAAGCGUAUCUAAUGAAACCACGAAACAAAGUCUCAAAGAAAAUCCUAAUUCACACGAAGAAAAUAAAUUGGGAGUGCUUACAAAGGAAAACAUAGAAAUUCUUCAAGAAACUGAUGACAUAGAUUCAGAUACACCGUUAAUAAAAAGCACAAGACGUGUAAUGAAACGUCCAGGACCGAAUGUCCAGGCAAAACAAAUACAGGGCACAGCAAGUGCAUCUACUGAAACCACGAAAAAAAGUCUCAAAAUAAAUCUUGAUUCCCACGAAGAAAAUGAAUCGGAAGUGCCUACAAAAGAAAACAUGGAAACCCUUCAAGAAACUAAUCACAUAGAUUCGAAUACACUGUUAAUAAAAUGCACAAGACGUGUAGUAGCACGUCGAAAAGCGAAUGUCCAGGCAAAACAAAUACAGGGCACAGCAAGUGCAUCUACUGAAACCACGAAAAAAAGUCUCAGAAAAAAUCUUGAUUCCCACGAAGAAAAUGAAUCGGAAGUGCUCACAAAAGAUAACAUGGAAACCCUUCCGGAAACUGAUCACAUUGAUUUGGAUACACCUUUAAUAAAAAGCACAAGGCGUGUAGUAAAACGUCCAGGACCGAAUGUCCAGGCAAAACAAAUACAGGGCACAGCAAGUGCAUCUACUGAAACCACGAAAAAAAGUCUCAGAAAAAAUCUUGAUUCCCACGAAGAAAAUGAAUCGGAAGUGCUCACAAAAGAUAACAUGGAAACCCUUCCGGAAACUGAUCACAUUGAUUUGGAUACACCUUUAAUAAAAAGCACAAGGCGUGUAGUAAAACGUCCAGGACCGAAUGUCCAGGCAAAACAAAUACAGGGCACAGCAAGUGCAUCUACUGAAACCACGAAAAAAAGUCUCAAAAUAAAUCUUGAUUCCCACGAAGAAAAUGAAUCGGAAGUGCCUACAAAGCAAAACAUAAAAAUUCUUCAAGAAACUGAUGACAUAGAUUCAGAUACACCGUUAAUAAAAAGCACAAAACGUGUGGUGAAACGUCCAAAACCGAAUGUCCAGGCAAAACAAAUACAGGGCACAGCAAAUGCAUCUACUGAAACCACGAAAAAAAGCCUUAUCGAAAAUCUUGAUUCACAUGAAGAAAAUGAAUCGGAAGUGCCUACAAAGGAAAACAUGGAGACCCUUCAAAAAACUGAUGACAUAGAUUCGAAUACACCGUUAAUAAAAAGUAUAAGGCGUGUAGUAAAACGUCCACAACCGAAUGUCCAGGCAAAGCAACAACGGGGUACAGCAAGUGCAUCUAUUGAAACCAAGAAACAAAGUCUCAAAGAAAAUCUUAAUUCUCACGAAGAAAAUAAAUCGGAAGUGCCUACAAAGGAAAACAUAGAGAUCCUUCCAGAAACUGAUGACAUAGUUUCAGAUAUACCGUUAAUAAAAAGCACAAAACGGGUAGUGAAACGUCCACAACCGAAUGUCCAGGCAAAACAAAUACAGGGCACAGCAAGUGCAUCUAUUGAAACCACGAAAAAAAGUCUCAAAGACAAACUUAAUUCACAUGAAGAAAAUGUGUCGGAAGCGCCUACAAAGGAAAACAUGGAGACCCUUCAAGAAACUGAUGACUUAGAUUUGGGUAUGCCGUUAAACAAAAACACAGGACGUGUAGUAAAACGUACAUUAAAGAAAAAUUCUCGCAAAACUCUCAAUGAAAGGAAAAGCAUAUUUAAAGCUGCAAAUAAAACUUUGUUCAAAAGACGAGAAAUCUUAAGUGCCGAAAAUAAGAUUGAAAUAUUAAAACAAUUAAAAUCAUUGGGAACAUCUAUGCAAACAGUUCGAGAAAUAAGCUCCAACUUGAAGCUUCCAGAAACUUCAGUAUUAGAGUAUGUGAAGAAUCGAAUGCAAAUUGCAAAGAAGAUGUUAGCAAGCGAAUGCGAUGAUGAACACUUUGUCAAUGCAAACUUAUGGCUUAAAAAAUUUGAAAAAUCGAAGAUUUCUGAUCACAGCGAUUUUGAACUCGCCAUAAUAUAUCAUGAAAUUGCUGAUCAUGUACAGCAUCCAGAUCCAGAAGAAUUGGAUGGUAUUGACUUAAAAAAAGCAUACAAGUUCUUGGCUAAUGCAUUAGAGGGUAAGCCACAAAUUCCACCGGAUGGUCCAACAGGUGAAUUUUUAAAAGAACAAUUUGAAGAUUUAAGAGAGCUAUGCGGUACAAAGGAAGCUCAAGCGCAAUUCAAUGCUUUAGUAAAUAACGGAGCUAAGGUACAGGAUACAAAGAAUAUCAGUUUAGAUCCAUUAAACUUAAUGGCUGACGCAGUAUAAAUAUUUAAGAUUUUUUUUAUCGUGC